AUGCAGUUGUCAAUAGUCACGCGUCCCUCUUUUCUGUCAUUUUCCUCGCUCUUGAUAUCUCCAGGUGCAGCCAAUCUGAAUGGCAAGAACCCUGCUCUCGAAAGCCGUGCACUGUCACACUGCAUAGCAGCAGAUAACAGCUCUUCGGCAGCUGGAACUACAUUCUUCGAUUCACCCUUGGUCAACAAUGGCUCUACCCAACUUUCAUGGACGCUGGGCGUCCAUAUCCAGAACAGCUCUGACGAUUCAGGACGGAACAAUUUCAUUCAGAUCGAACGUGAUUUCUAUUUUGGCCUUGGCUCAGAUGCUGGCUCUAUUCAAAAUGCGUCCUUUCGCGCCUGCAGUAUCUUCUACCAUGGUGCCUCCGAGCCUCUCUACUCUGACGCCAACACGGACGGUCGACGUACUCAGGAACUUUCCGAUGAUUGCGUUCGAGAUCUGACGGCCCUAAUGAACAAUACUGCGCAAGAACUGAUUCCCCAGAAUGAUCAUGAUCUAUCGAAUAUGUGUAAGAAGUUGGUAGAGACAACAACCAGCGAUCGGCCAACCUCGUGCCAGAACUAUAACCUACGGGAGUUGCACUUUCAAGCCUUCAUGAAUCGCCGGAAUACUGCCAGCGCAAGCAGCAGUGGAAACUGUCAUUCGUCGUCCGGCGGCGACUAUAACCUCACUCUCGUGGAUUCCAACGGUUUCGUCAAUACCAAUGGAUCGAGUAAUCUGAAGAAUAUGGUUCUGGGUGCGACGCCGAUCAUCACUGUCUUCUAUCCAGAGUCGAAUUUGUCUCGGCCUGACAUCCAAUACGUGGCUGUGAAGCCAGAGGACACCAGUGACUUGAUAGGCCAAGUCAGCGGCUCGUUGGCAUCGCGUUUUACUGCACGUACCAAGUUUGCUUUGAGGAUUCUGGUUAUUAUCUCUGCUUUUCUCUCCGGGGUUAUUUGA